GCGCCCAGGCGGGCAAGGCGCGUCGUCUGGGAACCGCCGGUGCCAGCAGCUGGGUGACCGCCCUGCUUCUCCCAAGGCGGGCGGAGGACGAGGCACUCCUGCUGCGGACCCCCCCCCCCCGCCACCCAGCCCCGCCAGCCCUCCGGGCAGCAGCCCACCAGGCAUGACAGAACUGGGCUGGCAGACUUCUUUGACUGAAGGCAACUGAUACCAGAAUGGCCAGUGACUUUGCCCCUGUUGCACUACUGCAUCCUUUAAAGCUUAACCAUUGACCAUCUUUCCCAUUUGGAAUCUCUCAAGGAAACUAGUCACACUUUCACACUUCCCCCUUGCACACAGAUCAAGGAGCGUGGAAGACUUGCUGGGAGAAACAGUUUCAUCUUUCUACCAACCAGCUGUAUGAGUGUCAGACUGGGGCAGGACGGACUCCAGCUUUGGAGCACCAGCUGGACCCUCCGAAAGGUCCUUCUGCAAGGCAGUCUGGCCUGAACUGCUGGUACUUGCACCUUCAGCCUCCAGACAGCCUCAGGGCCAAUGACCAGCUCGCUGCUAUAGGUGCACUUCUAAAGUGCCAGCCUUUUGAGUGGCUUGUGGGACUGCAAGAGAAGAUGCUGGACCUCAGUUUUCUGACUGAGGAGGAGUAUGGCAAGCUGAUAAGAGUGCUGCAGAGAGAUGCAGAGCUCAAGAAGAAGGACAGCGACCGGAUCAGCCGAUUGCAAGGUUCGCUGAAGGAUGAAAAGAAAAAGAAGUUUGUGACUGGCGAAUGGUUUCAUGAAGUGAAGGCACAGCGCUUCCAGGAAGAUUUAGAAGGCCCAGAUCUCCUGCGAGCUUCAAUUAGAAAGAAAAACAGCAAUUCUGACUAUACAGAUAAUGAGCCCAUCCCCAAAAUUGUGGAAGGUGGACAGGCGGUGUUGCCAACAGAUGCAGCUGUUUCGUCUUCCCCUCCAUCCGAAGAAGGAAGGUUGUAUGAACCUGGUUCUGAUUCUGCAGAAGCGUGUGUGCGAAGGCCAAAGCCAAGAGUGAAACUGUCUGCCCUGCCCUCCUCUCUAGAAAAGAAACCCAGUGUAGAAGAUGUAUCUCCAGCAGACAGUGGUGUUGUGGUCAGUCCAUUCUUGGCUACAGGAGAAAACUCAGAAGUUGGCUAUGAAAUAUCACCAGUGAGCUCCACCAAGCUUCAUGAUGAGUUCUCUUACUCAGUGGGAGAUUAUGUUCCUAACAUUGCAGAGGAUGUCCCUGAUAGUGUUGCAGAAAACAGAGGAUUUCAACCAGCUCUGCAGAAAGGAUUCAACACACCUAGCAGAAUACCAGUUAACAGAAAAUUGAGCAAACCCUUAUUCCCUCCCAACAUCAAUGUCAGUGAUGGAGCUAAGAAACCUGGGUUUGCUGUAGAAAAGACAGAAUCCUUGAAGAGCUUCAAACUCCUACCUCUAGGACAGGAAAACGGUUCUCCACUGAAACCAGAUGCCAACUGCAUUAUCCUCUCAUCAAUCAGUAACAAAGGUGAGGAAAUUGGCGUAGAUCGUGCACACUUCAAGAACUUGAAAAGCUUUUGGGAGAAGGGAGGUGAACCUCUCUUGGCUAACCAUACAGUAGAAGAGCCAGUGGAAAAAGCCAACCCCGCAGAGGUUAAUGGGAGGCCAUCCAGACUGAACCAGUCCCUCUCAGCCCAGUCCAGUCAAGGCCAAACGAGUGAUGACAAGCUUAGUCCCAACGUGCAUCCUAAAAGCAGAAUCCUCUACAACAAACCGGUGACCUUGUCUUCCAGCGAAGAUGAGCCUGCUUAUACCGCCCCACCAAGGAAAGGCUCAGGCUCAUAUAUCCCCAGAUCCACAUAUGGCAGAAGCAAAGGAUCGGUGGGAAGUCGAAAUAAUCUAAGUGAUGGGAAUGGGAAGCAGUCUUCAGUGGAGGAAGAAAGAAAAAUGCCACGUUCCACCAAGAGGUCUAAAUUACCUGUCCGGGUGCCUUCGGUCAAAAUAGAGACUCCGAUCAAAGAACAAACUGGGAUCAUUUUUGAGCCGGAAACUCCUGCUGAUGAGUUUGUCAUGGCCGAAGAAAACAAACGUAAGAUGGAUUCCUUGGCAGGGAGGGUUCAGAUCUUGAUCGAGUCUGUACCUUUGGAGGAGAUGGAUCCAGGUGCUGAUGUCGUAGAAAGAUGUUCUGACUUGGACAGUCUGGAAGCUGAUGAGAUCCUGCAUGGAGCUGAGCUCUGCAGUUUUAUGGAGGACCUUCCAGAAAGUGAAGCUGACGAUGAAAAUCAAGAAGGAGAGGUCCCUCAGGUUCCUGUUUUCAAGAAGACAAGACGCACCAAUGGCUGCCAUCUUGCCAAAAGCAUGGUGAACCUUUACACCACCACUGACACCUAUACGAAGCCUCAGGUGCUAAGUCAUCAGUAUCUUGAGCCUGAAAGAGCCAAAGAUUUCAGCAGAUCUUCUCCUUUCCUCCUCUCUGAGACAGAAUCAGACACGGCUUCAGAAAUCAGCUUCCAGUUCAAUAGGCACAAGAAGACGUCAAGUGUGGGCAGCCAUUCCUCUGACAUGGCUUCUGUUUCUUCGGUGAGUGGCAGCAUCCUCAGUGUGUACAGUGGUGAUUUCGGGAGCGUCGAUGCUCAGGGGCUGGUCCAGUUUGCCUUGGAUUAUGAUGAGAAGAACCAAGAAUUCCAAAUUUUCGUUUCCCAGUGCAAAGACUUGGCAGUUGUGGAUGAAAAGAAAGGGAGGACAGACCCAUACGUGAAAACCUACAUCCUCCCAGAUAAGGCACGGAUGGGCAAGCGGAAGACAUCGGUGAAGAAAAGAACCAUCAGCCCCAUUUACAACGAGGUGUUGCGGUAUAAAAUACAGAAAAUGGUUCUGCUGAUUCAAAAGUUGAACCUCUCUGUGUGGCACAACGAUCCGCUGGGGCGGAACAGUUUCUUAGGUGAGAUGGAAAUUGACCUGGCCAGCUGGGACUGGAGAAACAAUAAAUUGAACUGGUACAUGCUCAAACCACGGAGCCUCUCCGCCAUAAACACCGUUGACCAUCGAGGGGUGAUGAAUCUUUCCAUCAAGUAUGUGCCACCAGGAAGUCUAGGCCGAAAAAUUCCUCCAUCUGGAGAGGUUCAUAUCUGGGUGAAGGAUGCCAAAGAUCUCCCACAGUUACGUCCUUCUGGAGUGGAUUCCUUUGUGAAAUGUUACGUUCUUCCAGACACCAGCAAGAAAAGUUAUCAAAAAACCCGAAUUGUCAAGAGAGACUCCAACCCAGUCUUCAACCACACAAUUGUGUAUGAUGGAUUUCACACAGAAGAUCUGAAGGACGCCUGUGUGGAACUGACGGUCUGGGAUCAUGAAAAGCUCACCAAUCACUUUCUCGGCGGGAUCCGGCUAGGACUUGGGACAGGCUUCAGCUAUGGAAUUGCUGUCGAUUGGAUGGAUUCCACACAAGAGGAAGUAGCACUUUGGCAGGAAAUGAUGUCACUGCCCAGUGAAUGGACUGAAGGCUCGCUCCCCUUGCGCUCCUUGGCUGGGAAAAGCAAGCUGAAGUGACACUUGUGGCGUUCAGCUACGUGGCAGAGAGAAAGUGCAGAGGCCAGCUUUGGUGUGCUGUUAGGUGCUGAAUCCCACGACAUCAAAAUGCAGAAGCUACUUCAAGGGAGCCAAAAAUUAAGGGCGACACUGAUCCAAAGAAAGAGUUGCAGAGGAAUGGUGCCAGUGUCACUCCUCACUUUAACUCGUAAGGCGUGGGAGAGCUACCCCAUAUCUCUGUGGUACUGAUGUCCUUUGACUUAGAGCUUAGAAGACAGGAUGGAAGAGGUGGAGAUACGGGGUGGGGGAAUGAAAUUACUAACGCGACAUUUUGCUUUCCUGCACAUGGGAAGCUGAACUAAAACUGUGGCUGGCAGAAGCCCCCACCAACAAACUCGCCAUGUACAUGAAGCUGUUGGAGAUGAAUGACUUUAUUCCGAGCCAGAGGAGGAGACCAACUCUAGGUGAUGCUCAAGAGUGGGAAUAUAGAGCCAUGGACUUUAAUGGGUCCUUUAAGGCCCUCUAGGCCAACCCCUGCUCAUUGCAGGCAUCAGAAUUAAAGCCUUCCUGACAGAUGGCCAUCCAGCCUCACCUUGGACAUUUCCAAUGAUGGGGAGAUCUCUGGGUAAUUGUUUCCCUUGCUCUUUACUAUUAUGAAGCUUUUUCUGCCUUCCAUGAUUCCACGUCUCACCUUCUGGAACCUGAGAGAACAAGCCAUUCAUCUGUCAAAGCUCCUGACAAAUGGUGGACAUUUGCUUUGGUGAGUGAGUGAAGGGAUAACAAGGCUUGUACGGCAGAUUGAGAAAACAGGGCCUGGAUGCUCUUUUCUUUAAUGGGAUUCUAACUUCACAUUUGCAAUUUAAAUCAGAGCGUUCCUUUGCUGGGAGUUUUCCAUUUUUAAUUCAAAGCUAAAGGUGGCGUUUCAGCAGGCUGGGUUUCUAAUGCAUUGACUGUGAUCCAUCUGCUCAACAUUGCACUCAUGAGUUUGUCCCACCAGGAAAGUCUUCUGUGAAUGGUCACCCUCUGCUGGUCAUUACUUGAGAGCACAUUAUUUACAUUUCGUGCUCUCUGACCUGUUUACUGUUCCCCUCUCUCCUAAAACCCAGCCUUACAAACUGGGGGUAUCUAAAAAGACUGUUCUUGGGAUAAUACUUUAUGCAUCUGAUGAAAUGGACUAUAAUUCAUAAAACUUCAUGCCAUAAUAAAUGUGUUAGUCUUUAA